GAAGCUGGAUUCUGAAAUUGGACGUUGCGCGUCGUGUCCAUGGGCUGAGCUCGCAGAGAAAUUGAAAGUUCAGCUGACAGACACUCCUCUGUCAGUCACCUUUUCUCUCCCCCGGCUGUUGUUGCGCUCAGUCAGAAAGUUCAUGACGGUUGCUGACGCUGACACUUUAGCGCUCAUCAUGCCCGUCCGAGCGGAGUGCUGCAGCAGUGCCACCGGCUCGGCCUGCCCAUCCUCGGCCUCUCUUGUUCCCCCCGCGCCGAUCAACACCCACCAGCCCGGCGUUGCUACGUCGCUGCUGUACAGCGGCUCGCAGUUUCGGGGCUACCAGAAGAGCAAAGGCAACUCCUACGACGUGGAGGUUGUCUUGCAGCAUGUGACUGUGGAGGAUUCAUAUUUAUGUGGAUACCUGAAGAUCAAAGGCCUGACUGAGGAGUAUCCCACUCUCACAACGUUCUUCGCUGGCGAAAUUAUCAGUCAAAAAAGGCCCUUUUUAACUCGGAAGUGGGACGCGGAUGAGGAUGUGGACAGAAAGCACUGGGGCAAGUUUAAGCCUUUUUACAAAUAUGCCAAAAGCUUCAACUCGGAUGAUUUUGACUAUGAAGCCCUGGACAACAGUGAUUAUGUCUUCAUGAGGUGGAAGGAGCAGUUCCUAGUCCCGGACCACACUAUCAAAGACAUAAGCGGCGCCUCCUUUGCUGGCUUCUAUUACAUCUGCUUCCAGAAAUCUACAGCCACUAUCGAGGGGUACUAUUACCACAGGAGCUCAGAAUGGUACCAGUCUCUAAACCUAAACCACGUUCAAGAGCACAGUAUGCCUAUUUAUGAAUUUCGGUGACAAACGCACACACGAGUAUUGAGUCAAGGAGGGGAUAGUCCAUCCUGCCCUGUGGUUAAAUGGGAAGGGAACGACGGAAAGCCCUUUAGUGCCAAGACUGGAGCUGACCUGUUGUUCUUGUUGAAGUAACAUGUGGUCAGACACUCCUCUGGUGGACUAAAAGAGAGAGAGAAGAGUUGAAAGGAGGACAAGUGACAGAUGGACAGUUCUUACAACUGUUGUAGAGCUGAUGUUUGCCUCAGAUUUCAUUUUUAAUUUUAUUUUGUCCUUUUUUUUUUUUUAACAUUUAAAUUACGUGCUACCUGAUUCCUUCGCGCUCUCAUAGGAUCUGUCUCCCUGUAGCUGUACAUCGAAAUAGGUUCUUCCUUCAGUGGAGACACUAAACAUACUUCCCUUUUAGUCACAAAAGAAAAGGGUAUAAAGUUGUAAGAAUAUUUUUGUUCAGUAAAGCUUAAUUUAUUUCUCUUAUUUUAAAUAUACUUUGCAAUAUUAAUGCAGAGUUUGAUAGUGGGGUUGUUGCCAAAAGGUCACAGAAGAAGCAAUGAUGAGUAGUGAUCUAUUUUUUUAUGCAAGGUGGUAAGGACUGUAAGUUACGGUCCGUUGCUCAGGGAUGGCAUGUUUAGGUUAUGUGUAUUUAAUAACUGAAAACCUUAGGAGUUAGGAUUACAGCGACCUCUGAAUAGGUCAUUACUAACCAAUAACCAAUCAUUUCCAAGCUGCUGCUUUUUCAAAAAAGAUCCUCUAAACACGGUUCUCUCCACAAAAAGGCUUCGAAUUUUUCUCUAUGCAAGCCAAAGUUUACGAAUUAGAGGGAUUUCUAACACCACCUAAUUUAUUUUAUGUUCAGAUCAGUUCUCUUCCAGAAUGAUUUAUUUAUCUUUUUUUUAAAUCAUGAAUGACCUUGAGUGGAAACGCAUGAGAAAAGAAGAAGGUGUAUUUAAUAACACUGACCAGCGUUUAAAGCUCAGAUAUGUGACAGUACAUUCCAACUAUUUUCAAAAAUGUUAAGAUUUCUCACUAAACAGUAGACCCGAAGAGUAGAGAUUUAACGGAAAAGUUUAGAUGUAACACGACAAAAAACGAUGCAGUGAUUUGAACGUUCAUCUCUGAUUCAGUCUGCAGAUAAAAUCUUAGUUAUCUUCAACAUUUCUGCAUCAUUUCAUCGUUUACAACAGUAAAAUGUGGCCGAUUAGUUCAUCUUACUGCCUUGUUAUCUUAACCUUUUUUUAAAAACAAAAGGCACAACAGUUGGACGUAACAUAAAAAAAAAAAGCAUCAUGUAACAUGCUUAUUUACAAUGUGUUACUGUUCUGUCCUCAGUGGAAAAUGAAAGCACCUUUUGUGGCUCGUGGAGACAAGUUAUAGUAGGAAAGGGUGAUGGAGAAUGAAUAAAACCUCCUUAAUGCUAAAAAAAAAAAAAACCUGCUGCCUUACACUUUUAAAUGUUUGUAAUGCUUCCUUUUUUUAAAAAAAAAAAUCAAAUUAUUAGGUUAGCAAUGUUUUAUUUGAACAAAAUCAUGAAAGUAUAUUUCUGUGUUUAAGAGAAAUUGUGCAAAAAAAAUGACAGAACUUUUGAUCAACCACCAGAGGAUUCUUACAUUUUCUCCGGAAAGGGUUGAUUUAAAAGUUAUGUGCUGGCGAGUGCAUGUACUCCACCUGGCUCUUUGUUGCUUGUAGACUUUCACCUGGCUUCAGCUUCAGCUGUGGCAUGACACGUGGAUUUAAAGGGUUGUGGGAAUACUGUAUAAUGUACAGCUUUUUGUUUUUUUUAACCCAAGCAAGUAGAUUAAAGAGGUUACAGAUUUUUUUUUUUUAUUAAUCAUAUGAGAGAAAAACAAAAUGUGCAAUGUAAGAAACAAAUGUUUAUGUGGAAGAUUUAAAAAGGUCAGUUUAAAGAAGAUGAUGUAUGAUAAAUCUUUGAGUGCAUUGUGUGAGGAGAAAUAAAGAGUGAAUUAUUUCAUACACAGCC